CCUCUUUCUCCUUAGUAUCAGUAUGAAGUGGUUCAAGUCAACCCAUGAUUUUAAAUAUGAAUGGAACUUAGUAUCAGCAGCACAAUGGCAGAAAUACCCUAAUGAAAGCUGCCCUCAUGUGGCUCAUGUGGACGUAUUAAACCGUACUGUGGAUCCUGAAACGGGUAUCUUGACUACUGAACGCUUAAUUACUGUUGACCAGAAUAUACCCACUAUUAUCAAAAAGAUUCUUGGGUCUGGUUCCAGGCAAUACGUAAGAGAAACAUCUACAUUGACGAUGCAUUCAGUCAAUUUAACAUUAUCCAAUAUCUUGAGUGUGGAAGAAACGAUUGUCUAUACAGAACACCCUGAAGAUAACAACAAAACUCAAUUUACACAACAAGCAGCCAUUUCAGCAGGCAGCCUGGUGUCCACUUGGUCUAAUGUACUUGAAGAGUUUUCCCUUAGAAGAUUUCAACAAAAUGCUGCUGUGGGUCGUGCUGGAUUUAAUAAAGUGUUGGAAAGAUUUGUAGUGAUGGCAGAAGCACAACAAUCCAACAAUUAAAAAGGCCUUCUAUUUAUUAUAUAUUUAUUUAGAGAUAAAAACACUGUGUACAAAAAUAAAAAUAAAAAAGUGUUGCUGACAC